GGGCCAGAUACAGAGGGCCACAUUUGAGCCCCAGGCCAAAGGUUCCCUACCCCUGCCCUAAUCCUUCAUUAUGUUGUAUAUUUAUCCUGGAUGAGGGCUAGUGCUUCAAUAGCUCUAAGUGGUUACUUCAUUGGAAUGAUUGCCUGUAUAUAUUUGCACUCAUGUCAUCAGGUACUUGGCUUGCACAUGGCGUGUCAUUUGAGACCCUUGUCGUGAGCUUGAGUCGCAUGUGCCCGUGUCUCUUCAUCAGCAUCACUGCCUUUCAUCUCUUUGACAGAUGCCCAUUCUUGCCGCUGCCCAGCUUUCUCCCGUUGACUGCCACUCUUACCAUUCCCUCUGCCAUGUUGUCCGCGUCAAACUGGAAGAGCCUCCGUCAAACGUUAAUGGUGCUGUUCACCGCCACAAUUCUCAUUGGAAUAACCAUGCUGGCCCUCUCCACUGACAUCAACCCUGUUGGAUUUUUCUUCAUUGCAGUGGGGGGUCUGUGUUUGGUUGGCUACCUCAUUAGUUUGGCAGUGGAGCUCUACCUGAAGCAACGCAAUCCAGCGGAAGAAAAUACUCCAGGCUCGCGGAGACAAAGUCAGGCUGGCAUAGACAAUGAGGCCUAUGAGGCACCGGCAUAUGAGGAGGUGGUGACUACUGGCUACUUAUCAGGACCAACCAUCUGGACCAUCACAUCCAGUCCAGCGACAACCCCAGUGGAGCCCCCUCCGUACAGCGUGGUCAUUGAGCCUCCUGCCCACGGAGAGACUGUGGUCGAGGCGUUCAGUGUCUCAGUGGCACCAGGCACACGGCGUGCCUCAGAGGCAGAUCUGCAGUCCAGGUUCCGCCUCAGAUUGCUCAUACCGCCAAAACUGCAGCGAUUUGUCUCCGAUACCCAUGAACUCAAAGGUGUUGAAGAGCGGGCAGAACGCCCUGAGCCCCUCACACCCCCUCCUGCUUAUGAGAAUGCCACUGUGGAGGAGAUCUUUGAAGAAGAAUUUCAGCCCUCCAGGCUAUGAGAACAGUGCACCGUGACAUUUUUUCAUCAGACUUUCUUCAGUGGUCAUCCUGUUGCAAUCCAUACGAUAUGAGAAACAUGGCCUGUGUGCAAGAUGUUAGCUGCUGUACCUCCUUUUUGAGAACUUUCCUGAGAAAUGUGUGCAUACAGGUCUGAAUUUCUCAUGGGAAAUACAACUAUACAGUAUAUAUAAAAAACAAACUUGCGUUUUCUGACAUUUCCAGAAUGUUCUUGGACUUACAGUGUAGGCUGCUUGGAAGCUGGCUUUGAAGAAAGCUGAACUGGUUGGUGUAAUGAUUGCUGCUCCUUUUUUAAAAAAAUAAAAAAUAACCACAUCUGAAACCAAAUAAACUGAGAUGGCAAAUCUUGGAUCAAAACUACGAACCACAUCUUAGUGAUUUCCAAAACCUGUUUAAAAUCUUUGAGUCUGAGAGUUGGCAAACUGAGAUUAAUAAGGAAUUCAGCUUCUGAAUAUAGCACUUACUCAAUCCAUAUUUCUUUAUUGUGGAACAAACUGCAUAUUAUGGUGCAGAACAGUGAAUUUGUAAAUAUGUAAAAUCAUAAACAUUGAUUGUGUACAACUGAAUAAUGAUGCUGAUACAUGCAAUUGCUUCCUGCCCUUUUAAGAAACAUAUUAACUUGAUUUCCAAGGAAUGCUGUAAUGAAAGAAUUUAUGAAAUAAUUUGAUCACAGAAAAUCUAUCUUGCAAAUCUAUUGCAGCCAGGAUACAAACUGAUGGAAGACCAAGUCUUUUCCUCAACAUUGCAAACAGUUUAACUUUAGGAAACUUGAAAACAGGACAAACUGUUUAAGAACUGUGUUUAUUGUCCAACAUAUCAUGUAUGCUAAAGGUAAAGGUAA